CUGCACCUUGGUCGGUAAGGAGGACAGAGGGAUUACACACUUUACAAUACAAAGACUUAACAGCAGCCAUGGUGGAUGCAGCUGCAGCAGAGCAGUUCCUGGAUGCCAACCCAGCAUUUGCAAAGCAGUACUAUGACACGUUUCUAAAGCCAAAAAUAAUCUCAGACCUGCUGGACAGCAAUAGAGAGCCUGUGUUGGACAUCCGCACUUUCCAUGAUCUGACGAUGGUAGAUGAGAGUGAGAUUCUUUUCGACUUGGUACGGGACAUACAGGACAACUUGCAGACUGAGCGCUCUGUCUUCAAGCUCAUGAAACACCUCAGCUUCAUGAUGAGGGCGGACCGCAUGAGCCUCUUCAUGUACCGGCAGAGGAACGGUGUGGCUGAGCUCGCCACAAGAUUAUUCAAUGUCCAUAAAGAUGCAGUAUACGAUGAAUGCCUGGUGCAACCUGAAAGUGAAAUUGUGUACCCGCUGGAUAUGGGCAUAGUGGGCCAUGUGGCCACUAGCAAGAAGAUGGUCAACAUUCCUGACGUGUCACAGAAUCCACAUUUCAGUAAUUUUGUUGAUGAGCUGACUGAGUAUAAGACCAAAAACAUCCUCGCCAUUCCCAUCAUGAACGGCAAAGACAUGGUGGCUGUUAUGAUGGCAGUCAAUAAGUUGGACGGACCGUGCUUCACUGCCAAGGAUGAGGAGACUCUAAACAAAUAUCUCAACUUUGCUAACCUGGUGCUGAGAGUUUACCAUCUGAGCUACUUGCAUAACUGCGAGACCAGGAGGGGUCAGGUACUGCUGUGGUCAGCCAGCAAGGUGUUUGAGGAGCUGACAGACAUAGAGAGGCAGUUCCACAAGGCCUUGUACACAGUGAGAGCUUUCCUAAACUGUGACCGCUACUCUGUUGGUCUGCUGGACAUGACCAAGACCAAGGAGUUCUUCGACAUGUGGCCCAUACUGAUGGGAGAGGCUCCACCAUAUGAUGGACCCAAGACACCUGAUGGCAGGGAAAUUAUCUUCUACAAAGUGAUCGACUACAUCCUUCAUGGCAAAGAAGAUAUUAAAGUCAUUCCGAGUCCUCCAGAUGAUCACUGGGCCCUUGUCAGUGGUUUACCUACUUAUGUUGCAGAAACUGGGCUGAUUUGCAACAUCAUGAAUGCUGCUGAGGAUGAGUUUUUUAACUUCCAGACGGAGCCGCUGGAUGAGUCUGGCUGGACCAUUAAGAAUGUCCUGUGUUUGCCAGUUGUCAACAAAAAAGAAGAGAUAGUGGGUGUGGCCACGUUCUAUAACAGGAAGGAUGGGAAACCCUUUGAUGAAAUGGAUGAAACCCUGAUGGAGUCUCUGACCCAGUUCCUGGGCUGGUCUGUGCUGAACACUGACACAUAUGACAAGAUGAACAAGCUGGAGAACAGGAAGGACAUCUUCCAGGACAUGGUGCUGUACCACGUCAAGUGUCGUAAGGACGAAAUCCAGAACGUACUGGACACCAGAGAGAGAUGGGGGAAGGAACCGGAUGAGUGUGAGGAGGAGGAACUUCAGGAUAUUCUGUCAGAAGUUCUACCAAAUGCCAAGAAAUCUGAGAUCUACGAGUUUCACUUCUGCGACUUUGAUCACAGUGAGCUGGACCUGGUGAAAUGUGGCAUCAAAAUGUACUACGAGCUGAAAGUAGUGGACAAGUUUCACAUUCCUAGAGAGGUCUUGGUGAGAUUUAUGUACUCACUCAGUAAAGGCUACAGGAAGAUCACCUACCACAACUGGAGACACGGAUUCAACGUUGGACAGACCAUGUUCACUCUGCUGAUGACAGGUGAUCUGAAGCGUUACUACACAGACCUGGAGUGCAUGGCAAUGGUGACGGCAGGCUUCUGUCACGAUAUCGACCACAGAGGAACCAACAACUUGUACCAGAUGAAGUCGGGUAAUCCUCUGGCUAAGCUUCAUGGCUCGUCUAUCCUGGAGAGACACCAUCUGGAGUUUGGCAAGACUUUGCUAAGAGAUGAGGCAUUAAACAUUUAUCAGAAUCUGAACCGCCGCCAGCAUGACCUCGUCAUCCACCUCAUGGACAUUGCAAUUAUCGCCACAGACCUGGCUCUCUAUUUCAAAAAGAGAACGAUGUUCCAGAAGAUUGUUGACCAGUCCAAAACCUACGAAAAUUGGAACGAUUGGACCAAAUACAUGAUGCUUGAGACCACCCGCAAAGAGAUUGUCAUGGCCAUGAUGAUGACUGCCUGUGAUCUUUCUGCCAUUGCCAAACCAUGGGAGAUCCAGAGCAAGGUGGCGCUGUCUGUGGCUGCAGAGUUCUGGGAACAGGGAGACCUGGAGAGGACCGUCUUGGAACAGCAACCCAUUCCUAUGAUGGACAGAAACAAAGCGGAUGACCUACCAAAGCUGCAGUGUGGUUUCAUCGACUUUGUUUGCUCAUUUGUAUACAAGGAGUUCAGCCGUUUCCAUGUGGAGAUCACCCCCAUGCUGGAUCGUCUCCUGAACAACAGGAAGGAGUGGAACGCUCUCAAGGAGGUGCACGAAGCCAAACUGGCAGCCAUCGAGGCCGCUAAGAAGGCCACAGAGGAGGCAGCUCAGACCGCUGCAGCAGCUAAACAAGCUGCAAGUGCAUCCCAGUCAAAGACCUGUGUUCUGAGCUAGAAAGUCUGCUGUAACCCCCGGAAGACCACUGCAUGUUUGGUGUAAAGCAUAAGGUCUUUUUCAGCUCACACCUGAAAAAUCUAUCUUAUAGAAAAUAAAUUUUAGUUCUCCUAACUUAUGAAUUUAUUAAAUCAACUUUUAAUUUUUCCUCUUAUGCUUUUCCUCUGCACUGUUUCCUUCUCUUGCCAGAAUGUUAUUUUUCUUCUGCACAGCGCAUCGCUCAUUUCUGAAAAUCACACAUAAGACAGAGAAUAUUGAUGAUGAAGGGAGUCUUUUCAGAAAUGUAAUGCAGCAUUACUUUGCCAGUCUCUAUGAACUGCUUGUAGUUGAGUUGUGGCAUUUUCCAAAACAGUGCAGGCUAUUGGUUAUUUUUAAAGUUUUUAAGAUGUAUUAAUAAAUAACAAGGCUGCAAAAUUUCAACUUAAAUGUAAUUUAUUUUAUAUUGCUGACACAUUUUGUGACAUUUGCUGUGUUGAAAUGGAUGCCCUGCUCAUUUGUUUGCAUGCUGUAAAAUAGAUAUUUUUUAUAUUAUUCCAGAUAAAAGGUAAAUGCUUGUAUAAUGGCCAUUGAGUUUUUCUCAGUUUUGCAGCAUUAAUGUUUCUGUGCUGUGUACAUUAAAAUCUCUCUGACUUCAUUGACUGAAGCUAUUUUUAAUGGUUAGCAGAAAAAUUGAUUAUGUACGAAAAAGAAGCUUUUUUUUUACAGUUUGAGAAAUGUGAAGCUUUUUUUCAUCUCUUUGUAAAAAUAGGUUAUUGGCAUUCUUAUAUAUUGUUUUCUUGCUUAAUAUGGUCGAGUGACUGAACUACAGACAUCAGAUUUUCUCUGUUAGAAGUAAUUAAAGAUGCUUUGUCCAUUAAAGAUCAGAAACCAAAAUUC